AUGAGAGUUAGAGGUGUGAAGGAUCAGAGAGACAAGGUCGACUUCUCCUACAACAAACUGGCUGAUCCUAAGUUUUCGUUUUAUGACAAGACUUUGGUAGAAGCAGUGAAAAGAGGAGAUCACUGGGUGCACUUGUUUUUCCUCUCCCUCUCAUUAUGUCAUACUGUGAUGUCAGAAGAGAAAGUGGAAGGUGAGCUGGUGUACCAGGCUCAGUCCCCAGAUGAAGGUGCCCUGGUCACUGCUGCCAGAAACCUUGGCUUUGUGUUCCGUUCUCGCACAUCUGAGACAAUCACGAUGGUCGAAAUGGGAGAAACCAGAGUCUACCAGCUGCUGGCUAUUUUGGAUUUCAGCAAUGUGCGCAAGAGGAUGUCUGUUAUUGUGCUGACACCUGAAAAUCGGGUAAUGUUGUUCUGUAAGGGAGCAGAUACCGUCAUCUGUGAGCUGCUUCAUCCAUCCUGUACAUCCCUUAGUGAUGUGACCAUGGAACAUUUAGAUGAUUUUGCCUCUGAAGGCCUGCGUACCCUCAUGGUGGCCUACCGAGAGUUGGACCAUGAGUAUUUCAAGAGCUGGAGCAAGAAGCACAGUGAAGCCUACCUGUCUCUGGAGAACCGGGAGAAUAAAUUGUCACUUGUCUAUGAAGAGAUUGAAAAAGACUUGAUGCUGUUAGGGGCCACAGCCAUAGAAGACAAGCUGCAAGAUAAAGUACCUGAGACAAUCAUCACCCUAAGGAAAGCCACAACUAAAAUAUGGAUUUUAACUGGCGAUAAGCAAGAGACUGCUGUGAACAUUGCCUAUUCCUGUAAUAUAUUAGAGGAUGAAAUGGAUGGAGUAUUCACGGUGAAAGGCAAGGAUAGUGAGACAAUUCGCCAAGAACUCAGGACAGCAAGGGGCAAGAUGAAACCUGAGUCUCUUCUGGAAUCAGAUCCCAUAAACAUUUACCUCACAGAGAAACCCAAAAUGCCCUUCAGAAUACCUGAAGAGGAGCCCAAUGGCAACUAUGGCUUGAUCAUCAAUGGCUACAGUCUGGCCUAUGCUCUAGAAGGGAACUUGGAGGUGGAACUGCUGCGAACAGCGUGCAUGUGCAAGGGGGUGAUCUGCUGCCGGAUGACACCCCUUCAGAAAGCCCAGGUGGUACAGCUGGUGAAGAGGUACAAGAAGGUGGUGACACUGGCCAUCGGGGAUGGGGCCAAUGACGUCAGCAUGAUCAAAGCUGCCCACAUUGGGGUUGGCAUCAGCGGCCAGGAGGGGAUGCAGGCCAUGCUCAACAGUGACUUUGCCUUCUCCCAGUUCCACUACCUUCAGCGUCUACUCUUGGUCCAUGGCCGCUGGUCUUAUAAUCGCAUGUGCAAGUUUCUCAGCUACUUCUUUUACAAGAACUUUGCCUUCACCCUGGUGCACUUCUGGUAUGCCUUCUUCAAUGGGUUCUCUGCACAGACAGUUUAUGAUACCUGGUUUAUCACCUGCUACAAUUUGAUCUACACCUCCCUCCCUGUCCUGGGCAUGAGUCUGUUUGAUCAGGAUGUGAAUGAAACAUGGAGCCAACGUUUCCCAGAGUUAUAUGAGCCAGGCCAGCACAACCUCUAUUUCAACAAGAAGGAAUUUAUGAAGUGCUUAGUGCAUGGAAUCUACAGUUCCUUCGUGCUGUUCUUUGUCCCCAUGGGGACCAUUUACGACUCAGAACGCAAUGAUGGGAGGGACCUCUCCGAUUUCCAGUCCUUCUCUCUGAUAGUGCAGACCACCUUGAUCUGGGUGGUCACGGUACAGAUUGCCCUGAAGAUAACCUACUGGACGAUGAUAAGCCACUUCUUCAUCUGGGGUAGCCUGGGUGUCUACUUUUGCAUAUUAUUCUUCCUGUACAGUGAUGGCUUGUGUGUAUUGUUCCCCAGCAUCUUCCAUUUCCUAGGUGUAGCCAGGAAUGUUAUGAACCAGCCACAAAUGUGGCUUUGUCUUAUCCUCAGUGUGGUCCUCUGUAUGGUUCCUGUAAUAGGGUACCAAUUUCUCAAACCACUAUUCUGGCCUCUCAGUGUGGACAAGGUUUUUGGCAGAAUUCGACAUUGCAUGAAACAUCCACUGUCACCCCCAGUCCGGGUCAGAAUGAAACACCCGAGUAGUCGACGCUCUGCUUAUGCAUUCUCCCACAAACAGGGCUUUGGGGCCCUCAUCGUAUCUGGCAAGACAGAGAAGUUCAAGAUAGCCAAGAAAAGCAAGUAG